CUUGUAGAGGCGCAAGAAGGCGUGCUGAGCUUCUCCGCCGGAGCACAGGCUUCGAGGUCUGGGCAGUGGGAACCGCAGCUCUGAGCAGCGAAUCGCAGUACAGCAAACAUGGAACAGAGUGACAAAGACCAGGCACCUUCCAAUGAUGCGCAGAGCGCUAGAGUCGGUGGGCCUAACCUGCCCCAGGCUGCCCUGCAGGAGUUCAUCCGCGUCCUGCACUCCCCCAGCUCCCCACAGCAGCAGCAGCAACAACAGCAGCAACAACAGCAGCACCAGCAGCAACCACAGCAGCAACAACAGAGCCCUGCGGACUCGCGCCGCCUCACCAUCCAGCGCUGCAUCCAGUCCCUGGUGCACGCCUGCCAGUGCCGCAACGCCAACUGCUCCUUGCCAUCCUGCCAGAAGAUGAAGCGGGUGCUGCAGCACUCCAAGGGCUGCAAGUGCAAGACCAAGACCAACGGCGACUGCCCCAUCUGCAAGCAGCUGAUCGCCCUCUGCCUCUACCACGCCAAGCACUGCCAGGAGAACAAGUGCCCCGUGCCCUUCUGCCUCAACAUCAAGCACAAGCUGCGGCAGCAGCAGCUGCAGCACCGGCUGCAACAAGCGCAGAUGAUGCGCCGGCGCAUGGCCCGCAUGCAGCAUCCCAGGUCAGCCAGGCAGCGUGCAUAAUCGCAUGCCGUCUCUCACUGCUUCCCAAAAAGCGCAAACCCCACCUUCUGGUCCUCUUGGUUGGCUCAGUCGCAGCAGGCAAGAUCAAUCAAGCGCAGAGAAGCAUUUGAAUCCAAAAGAAUUUGACCCAGGCCUGAUGAGCUGUGUUUUCAUAUCAAUGAUUGUAAAUCGCAUACAUUUACAAAAAAAUUGAUUUGGAUAGGUUUGUUAAGAUGUGAAUGUAUAUUAAAGGAUACUUCAUUGAUUACUU